UAGGCCGGGCGAGCUGCGGGGCCGCGCGGGGCCGCCUCCUGCCCCGAGCCGCAGCCGGAGCGGGCGGGCUGCUGCCCGGCUCCAUCUCCCGCCGCUGGGCCGGCUCCGGAGAAGAUGGCGGAGGAGGGAGCUGCGGAGGCCUUGCUGGCGCGGCUGUUCGCGGGGCCGGAGGACGAUGCUGAGGAGAGCCCCGAAGGCGGCGGCGAGACCGCAGCGCUCAGUGAGGGCCGGGCGGUGCGGGAUGGUGUGGUUGUCUCUGAACAAGUGAAAAGCAACAACCUGGAUGCAGAAGUUACCGAGUCAGAAUUGGAAACCGAAGAAAAAGAAACAGAGGAGGAAUCCACAAAGGAAUCCGAUAGCAACAUCUUGGAUGUAUCAUCUGACUAUCUAAGAGAGAAACAUAUUUCAAUUCAAAGACAUCUUGCUGACCUAGCAAAACUAGCUGACCUGAGAGAAGGUGAGUGUACUGUGGCAGUGUCCCAGAACACAGCUCUUCGUGUUACAGAGGAAAAGAAGCCUUGUCCACUGUGUCCUGAGGAGAAGUUCAAAGCUUGCUACGGUCAUAAGCUCCAUCGUCACCUUCAGAAUUUGCACUGGAAAGUUUCUGUUGAAUUUGAAGGGUACAGAAUGUGCAUCUGUCACUUGUCUUGUCAUCCAGUAAAACCAAACCUCAUUGGAGACCAGGCAUUCUCAAAGAUGGGAGCCCACUACCACUGUAUCAUCUGCUCAGCAACCAUCACACGGAGAACGGACAUGAUAGGUCAUAUUAAUCGUCAUGUCAACAAAGGAGAGACUGAAUCAAGGUUUAUUACAGUUCCUGCUCCCAAGUCUUCUCAUGAAGUGCUGAAAGAAUUGGCCACAGAUGUGAAGGUUCUUCCCAACCACUCCACACCUCAUAAAACAGAUUCCUAUUUUAAUCCUAAAAUGAAACUCAACAGGCAAUUGAUAUUCUGUGCCCUAGCGGUUCUGGCCGAGGAACGGAGUCCAAUAGAAUGUUUGGAUGCUUUUGGUGCCACUGGUAUAAUGGGAUUACAAUGGGCAAAGCAUCUCAGAAGUUCUGUGAAAGUUACAAUUAAUGACAGUAAUGAAAAUUCUGUGACAAUGAUUCAGGAAAACUGCCAGUUAAACAAAAUGAAGGUGAAAUUGAACACUAAGGAAGAAGGCAACAAUGAAACUGUGGGAGACGGAGGAGAAAAUACUGACACCAUUGAGGUGACAAAAAUGGAUGCCAAUAUUAUAAUGCACCUGAGAGCAUUUGAUUUUAUCCACUUGGACCCCUUUGGAACUUCUGUGAAUUACCUGGAUUCUGCCUUUAGGAAUGUGAGAAAUCUUGGAAUUGUGUCGUUGACAUCCACAGACAUCAGUUCUCUCUAUGCCAAGGCUCAGCACGUUGCCCUGCGCCAUUACGGAUGCACUAUUGUCAGAACCGAGUACUACAAGGAGCUGGCAGCCAGAAUAGUCAUUGCUGCUGUGACAAGAGCUGCAGCUCGCUGUAACAAAGGCAUUGAAGUUUUACUGGCAGUAGCUCUAGAACAUUUUGUUCUAGUAGUGGUCAGAGUUUUAAGGGGACCAUCUUCUGCAGAUGAUUCGGCCAAGAAAAUAAGAUACCUCAUCCAUUGCCAGUGGUGUGAAGAGAGAAUUUUUCAGAAAGGGGGUAAUAUGGUAGAAGAAAACCCCUAUCAGCAGCUGCCUUGUGAUUGUCACGGCAGCAUGCCUGGGAAGACAGCAGUGGCUCUUGGUCCCCUCUGGUCAGGAGGCCUCUUUAACACUGGUUUCCUGAGAAAAAUGUUGUUUGAGGCUGUCCAGUAUGGUUUAGAUGAAGUUCAGCCACUUCUGAAGACAUUAGUUUGUGAAGCAGAGUGCACAACUUCAAAGCAUUUUUCUACCCACGGUUCUUACGAUGAGAACAAACAAGAAGAGUGUGGUGUAUAUAUUAAAGCACCAAAUAAUUCUGCAGAAUCCUACUUGCUACAUGGCAAAAGAAAAAGUGAGGAAGUGAUUCGGAAUGCAGCCAAGCGACAGAAAGCUGAGCACAGUGCUGAGCACCCUGCUUUUUACUACAACAUCCACAGACACAGCAUCAAAGGAACAAACAUGCCAAAGUUAAAUAAGUUCCUAAACUAUCUCUCAGAAGCUGGAUACAGAGUAAGUAGAACUCACUUUGAUCCUAUGGGAGUUCGCACGAACGCGCCCUUGGCCCAAUUUAAGACUAUUCUUAUGAAGUACAGCACUCCCACAUACACGGGGGGCCAGGCAGAAGGGCCUGUCCAUCUAACUGAAGAUGUCCAGGCAGGAGAACCUGUUCAGGCUGCCACAGAAAAUGCUGGGUUUCUGGAAGAUGAUAAAUCUGGCAUUUCUGCUGCUGUGUUCACAAAAAACUACCCCACGCACUGUGCGGCUGAUUAAUGCAGAUCAGCUUGUUCAUAGACCAGGAGAUUACAGACUUGCAAGCACACCCUGUUGGAGUGAGCCAGUACUUCUUACCAAACUGGAUUUUAAAAAUUUGAGUUGCCUGCCCUUUUAAUUUGAAAAUACGUUUUAGAAUUCUGUAGCAGAACCUGCCCCUGGUUGCAGCAUGUGUGGUCAAGUUACUUACUGUGAGAAGGUCUUCGAGACAGUGACUUGCUUUUCUGCUCAGGUCUGCUUUGACAGUGAGGCACUGUGGUUGCUCAUGAGUCUUUGUUAAAGUUCAGAAUCCAGAAGGUUGGAUGGGGCCAGAAGUCUUAAGCAUUUCUGAGUAUGAGGUGAAUGUGAAAUGAAAUAUUCCUAAAAUAAAUCAUUCCUAAAACUUGACUGGUUACAAUUCAGAGAGGUCAUGUUAAGAUGAUAAAAUAUUGCUGGAUAAAAUGUGAUCUGAGUUUAAGCAAGCCAGAAAGUCCUGACUCAGUGCACCUCUGGCUCUGGAGUGGACAUGUAGUUUGGCAUUCAGUUCUGUUUCCAUAGUUCUGCCUACAUGCAAGGACCUAACAGGACGGAAAGGAAUUGGUCCCAUGACUGUUACUCAAACCUCAUUUUAUAACCAAACUUUAGUGAACUGUUUUAGCCCCUGUAAGUAGUUUGUUCAGAGACUGUGUUUGGCUGAGUACUGUGAAAGGGUACGGUGAGAAGGCACCACAAGCUGAAGUGGUAGGUGAGGUUUUGCUAUGAAUUUGUCAGUAAAGCAACCUGAGCUGUUGAAAAAGGUAUCUUCUGUGAAUGAGCAAAGAUGCUGUGCAUUGGAAGUUGGUUCUGGUUUCCUUAAAUACAUGGCAGCAUUCCAACCAAAUAA